UCAGUCAUCCUCCCAGGUAAUUCUGGUCCAGACAAUGCGCGGCUGGCAACUGCUGCUGUCCGUGUAGUUGGCUCUCUACAGGGCCUUCUCCCACACAGUAUACCUCAUCCUCCGAAGGCUAGAGACAAUCCGCAUGCGGAGCGGUCAUCGCGCGCACCGUGGCGAAUUUUCACUUGAUUUUCUGUCGCAGAAAAGAGUGGUCCCUAUAGCUUGCCAGUAUCUCGGAAUAUGGUGGUCCUUGUUAAAUAUGAAUGAGUUCUCAUUUUUUACGUCUUACAUGGCAGUGAUGGAUACAGUUUUAGAAUCCGCAUGAAAAUUGAAGUUUUGCGUUUCGUUUGAUUCAUUAAAGCUUGCAAAAUGCGUCGUGUCUAAGGCAGAAUCUACGGUCUCGACCAAAUCAGCCCAGGACCUGCGUAUGAGAAAAGCAAACCCGUGCUUUUCUAAUAUUUAGCAAACAUUGCAUUUGGCUUGCAUUCAUCCCCAGUUUUGGACUGAUCGGAUGCGUCAGCGUUGGAAGCGGCUGUGGAGAACCCCAUAGCUUUCGGCAUGAUUUGAUGUAACUGGAUUUUUUAACAGGGUAACUGGAUAUCUCUUACCUUUUAACUGAGAACAGCUACAUUCAAGUCAAGAAGCAAACUCCAUCAAGAGAUAGAUCCAUCCCUAUAUGGACUAAAUCUUGGUUCUUCGGGAUUUAAAACUAGCAAAUCACACGCAUCUUGUUCGGCGCUUCUUGCGAAAAUAGCCUUAAACUGUGGGAGACAUGAAAGUUGUUUCAGCAGUGUUGUUCCUUGCCAUAUUUUGGAGUCUGGAGUGGGAGCCCGUGCUUUCUGAUUCAAUCAUACACAUCGGGGCCAUCUUUGAUGAGUCUGCCAGGAAGGACGACGAGGUGUUCCGCAUGGCCGUGGCGGACCUCAACCUCAACAACGAGAUCCUGGAGACUGAGAAGAUCACCAUCUCUGUGGAGUUUGUGGAUGGGAACAACCCUUUCCAGGCAGUCCAGGAAGCCUGUGAGUUGAUGAACAGGGGGAUCCUGGCUCUUAUUAGCUCAGUUGGCUGUAUGUCGGCGGGCUCCCUCCAGACGCUGGCGGACGCCAUGCACAUCCCGCACCUGUUCAUCCAGCGUGCCCCCGCCGGCACCCCUCGCUCCAGCUGUCCCCUCGUCAGCCGCGGUCGCCAGGACGACUACACCCUCUUCGUUCGCCCGCCCGUCUACCUCAACGACGUCAUCCUCCAAGUGGUCAACGGGUACAGCUGGCAGAAGUUCAUCAUCUUCUACGACCAGGAAUACGAUAUCCGUGGGAUCCAGGACUUCCUGGACAAGACGUCUCAGCAGGGCAUGGACGUGUCGCUGCAGAAGGUGGAGUCCAACAUCAACAUGAUGAUCACCAGCAUGUUCAGAACCAUGAGGGUGGAGGAGCUCCACCGCUACCGGGACACGCUGCGCCGGGCCGUGCUCUUCAUGAGUCCCGUCACCGCCAAGGCCUUUAUCACUGAGGUUGUGGAGACGAAUCUCAUGGCAUUCGACUGUCACUGGAUCAUCAUCAAUGAGGAAAUCUCAGACCAGGACGUCCAAGAACUGGUGAUGAAGUCAAUUGGGCGUCUGACCCUGAUCAGGCAGACCUUCCCCCUGCCCCAGAACACCAGCCAGCGCUGUGUCAAGCACAACCACCGCAUCAACACCUCCCUCUGCGACCCCAAGGACCCCAAAGCUCAGACACUGGAGAUCACCAACCGCUACAUCUACGACACAGUGCUGCUAUUGGCCAACACUUUCCACAGGAAGCUGGAGGACAGAAAGUGGCACAGCAUGGCCAGCCUCACCUGUAUCCGCAAGAACUCUAAGCCCUGGCAAGGAGGACGGCCUAUGCUGGACAAUGUCAAAAAGUCUGGAGUGAGUGGUCUGACUGGCUUCCUGGAGUUUACAGACAACGGAACCAACCCCAACAUCUACUUUGAGAUCCUGGGGACCAACUAUGGCGAAGACAGGGGCAGGGGUGUCAGUAAGCUGGCCACCUGGGACCCAGUGCACGGCCUCAACGGAACGCUGACAGACAGGAAGCUGGAGAACAACAUGAGGGGCGUGGUUCUGCGAGUGGUCACUGUCCUGGAGGAGCCCUUUGUGAUGGUGUCAGAGAAUGUCCUUGGGAAGCCUAAGAAGUACCAAGGCUACUCCAUCGACGUACUGGAUUCCCUCUCUAACUACCUGGGCUUCAAGUACGAGAUCUAUGUGGCCCCUGACCAUAAGUACGGGAGCCAACAGUCCGACGGGGUCUGGAACGGACUGAUGGGAGAGCUGGUCGCCAAGCGGGCAGACGUGGGUCUCUCGGCUCUCACCAUCACGCCAGAACGGGAGAGUGCGGUGGACUUCACUACGCGCUACAUGGACUACUCGGUGGGUGUGCUGCUCAGGAAGGCCGAGCGUACCGUGGACAUGUUCGCCUGCCUAGCGCCCUUUGACCUGUCGUUGUGGGCGUGCAUUGCGGGCACCGUGCUGCUGGUGGGCAUCCUGGUCUACCUACUCAACUGGUUGAACCCGCCGCGCCUGCCCAUGGGUGCUGUCUCCUCCACCACCUUCUACAAUUCCAUGUGGUUCGUCUAUGGAUCCUUCGUCCAGCAGGGUGGUGAGGUUCCGUAUACCACCCUGGCCACGAGGAUGAUGAUGGGGGUAUGGUGGCUCUUUGCUCUAAUCGUCAUCUCCUCCUACACGGCCAACCUGGCUGCCUUCCUCACCAUCACCCGCAUCGAGAACUCUAUCCAGUCUCUCCAAGACCUUUCCAAGCAGACAGAGUUGCCGUACGGGACGGUGUUGGACUCGGCUGUGUAUGAGCAGGUGCGCAGUAAGGCCAUGAACCCCUUUGAGAGGGACCCCAUGUACUCCCAGAUGUGGCGCAUGAUCAACCGCACCGGAGGGGCCGAAAACAACGUGGACGAGUCCAAGGAGGGCAUCCGCAAGGUGAAGUACGGGCGUUUUGCCUUUGUGUGGGAUUCGGCAGUGCUGGAGUAUAUGGCCAUCAAUGACGAGGACUGCUCCUUCUACACUGUGGGGAGCAAUGCACCAGAUCGGGGCUACGGCUUCGCCAUGCAGCACGGCAGUCCAUACAGGGACAUCUUCUCCCAGAGGAUCCUGGAGCUGCAGCAGAACGGGGACAUGGACAUCCUGAAGCUGAAGUGGUGGCCCCGGGACAGCCCAUGUGACCUGUACUCAGCGGUACACACCAAACACCGCGGCAGCGCCCUGGACAUCCACAGCUUCGCUGGCGUGUUCUGCGUGCUAGCGGCCGGAGUGGUGCUCUCCUGUGUCAUUGCCAUGGUGGAGACCUGGUGGACUAGGAGGAAGGGCUCACGAGUCCCCUCCAAGGAGGACGAUAAGGAGAUCGACCUGGAGCACCUUCACCGCCGGGUUAACAGCCUGUGCGCGGAGGACGACAGCCCCCACAAGCAGUUCUCCACCUCCUCUAUUGACCUGACGCCCCUGGACAUGGACUCUAUGCCGGCUGCCCGGCAGGCCCUGGAACAGAUAAGCGACUUCCGCAACACGCACAUCACCACCACCACCUUCAUCCCCGAGCAGAUCCAGACCCUCAGCCGCAGCCUGUCCACCAAGGCCCAACAGGGCUUCGCCUUCGGUCCCGUGCAGGACCACCGGACUGGGGGAACCUUCAGGCAGAGAGCCCCCAACGGUGGCUUCUUCCGCAGUCCCAUCAAGACAAUGUCCUCCAUACCCUACCAGCCCACUCCCCAGCCCAACUUCAGCUACGGCAACGACCCCGAUCGGGGUACAUCCAUAUGAGGAGGAAGAGGAGGCCACAUGGUGAGAGAGAUGUAAGCAAAUACACUCACAAAGCUCUAUGUACAUAGGAAUUUUUCAGUUCAGUUUUUUUUUUUUUUGGGGGGGGGCUUUGCUUUUAUUCAGUGGAGUGGAGUGGGGUGGGUGGGUGGGUGGGGUUGGUCGACCUUCUGAAACCUGUUGGUGAGAGGAGGUGGGGACUUGAAUGUUUUCUUUAUAGUCAUCGUUCUCGUGGUUUUCAGAAGAUUUUUGGGUGUGUGACAGGGAUCUGUUAUCUCUUUUUCGUUCCAUGUCAUUUAUGGACUGCUUUUCUGAAGAAGCAUAUGACUCCUAUGGACACAACAAGGAGAGUAUGUUUUUUUUAAUAACAGAAAACACUUGUCUGUCUGUUCUUGAGAUCCACAAAUCGGCAAUUACCCAAUGCUCAUUUGGUGGACAUUCUUGUCUUUGCCUUUCACCUUAUGGGACUUCAUCCCAUUCAGUUCUUUGGUGUUGCUCAUCAAUGCCUGUGCUCCAAAUCUGAAAUCUGCCCAAAAAUGGGUGUUCAUUGGCUCAGCUACCCUUCAUACUUAGACCUCAUCAUCUGAGCUCUGGAAACACUCUGCCAUUUUGGUGCAUGUACGACUCUAUCAAUUCCACUGCACUCACUGCACCAGUGCCCACAGACCUGUGUUUGAUUGUAUGUAGUUUGGAAAUUCUUUCUCGCCUGUACUGUGCUGUCUAUUUCAAGGUGAGAGCCUCAACCUCUAAACGGACAUUUCUUGAGAGACGCAUAGAGGCACAAAAAGGACUGAAAAUAACUGAGACAAAAGACAACAGAAAAAUGACUUUAAAAGCAGCUAAAGCUAUUAUAUGUAUUUUAUUGAAUUUGUUUUGAAAAUACAUUUUAAUGCGUGGAAUGUGUUUGGUCAGAAAGUAAAACAAAAAAAAAACAUUGUUCUCAGCGGUCUACUUGUUUUCUCAGCCAAUUUUGAAAACCGCUAAAUGAGUGCUAUAGUCUUACUCUGGUUUGCGUCAUAAAUCAUAUUCAAGUCGUUUUUCACCUUACUUGUAGUUCUGCCAGGGCUCAGUCAGGAAAAGAAAGUCACAUUUCUGUGCGAUCGUGUCAUUCUCCAGUCCUCUAAUUGACUGUUGUAAGGGCAAACAGUUGGGCUCAGAUUGAGGAGAAGCCCUUUCCAAUAACAUCCUCAGCACAAGCCUUAUCAGUACAGGCUGGCUUCUCCUCGCCAGUCUCCUGUUUCAAUAGGAUUUUUUUGCCAUUGGAACUGUAGAGCUGAUGGCAGCCAUUUUGAAAGAUCUUUCUAUUUUAUUUCUUAAAUGUUAAGGGUACUGUUUAUCUAACGUUUUUAAAGUGCCAAUUGUUUAGACGAGACCAUUAAGGUGAGGUUUUGGAGGGAGGGGGUCAAAAAAAUAAUAAUGUGAAGGGAAAAGAGGAACCAAACCUUUUCACUAACACUGUAUUAAUAUUUAAUAAUGUUAGUUGUUUAGAAUGAGCUUUCAGUUUGUUAUCUUAAGACUAAACCGCAAAUGUUGUGCGUAGAGACCAGAAGCAGUGUUUGAUGCAAGCCUUCUAGAUGUUAUUUUCUUAAGCUGCAGUAAGGCUAUCGAAUGACAAUAGGGCACAGACAACAUUUAAAGAAGUUUUAUUUAGUAUAAAUGACAGAGACAUUAUGAAAUGUGUAUAUUUUACAUGUUGACGCUAUUUUUGUUUAAUAAAAAAUAAUAUAUCAUAUGAGCCUUGAGUUAGCAGUCACCCAACAUAUUUGGUUUCCUCCCAGGUCCAGAACACACACGAGCUUUCUCUUGUCAUUUUGAGUUCAUUUUGAUUUGCUGGCUAAUAACAGAGGAGGCAAGAUCUUAAAAAGAAGCAUGCACAACUUGCUAUGCGCGUAACAUUUUUUAUUUCAUACAUAGGAGGUACAGGAUUACUUGAUCAUGUUCAACUGAUUAUAGUGUACAGUAUUUAAUAUAGGCCUAUGUUGUUGUAUGUGUUGCAUAUUAUUCAAACGGAACAAACUGAGGCCUCUGUUACAAGUGGCAAAGCUUUCUGUGUAUAAUUUGUCUAAUAAACUUGUUUUCUACAGUG